AUGCGUCUCUUCCUGAUCCCGAUCUCGACGGGCCGCACGCUCAUUUACUGCAAGAAGCUCGACGCUGGGGUGGCGGCCAAGCAGCUCAGCUACCUCGACCGCGUUACGAACAAGGUGACGGCGACCUGGGCCAAGUGGGAGACGGCAGAGAAGGGCUGGCAGAAGACGCUGGUCACCUACGGCCACCGGGCGCUGCAGCGGAUCCCCUACGAGGAAUGGGGGCUCAAGAGCGUGCCGCCGCUGAGCUCGCGGCGGGAGGCGGCAGAGCGGCAGGCGCGCAAGCCCGUCGAGCUGCUGUACCCGAAGAAUGCGAUCAAGUCGAGCAGGGUGAUGGGCCUGCUGCAGCAGCUGGCCACGGAGAGACAGCAGCUGCACCGCAAGCGCAUGUGGUGGAGCAUCGUCGUUGCGCCCUUGACGGCUCCGUUUGCGCUGGUACCGGUGAUACCGAAUAUACCCUUUUUCUUCUUCUGCUACCGCGGCUGGUCGCACUGGAGAGCAUUGGGAGGGUCCAAACAUCUGGAAUUCCUGCUAAAAGAGAACCUGAUCCGGCCGAGAUCACUGACGGACCUGGAGAACGUCUAUCUACGGCACUACCCGCGCAGGGACGGGGUGGAAGAUACGACAGCUGACGAGAAGACUGCGCCGGACUGUGAUGACGGCAACUGUGGAGAGGAGGUGAUGCUGCUCAAGGACACCGACGGCAAGGCCCUGGCCAAGAUGCUGGACGCCCCCGAGCUCGUUGCUGAGGUCGAGCGAGCCGUCCAUCAGGUCCAACAGCAGCUGGACCAGAAGAAACAGCCUUGA